GUGUUCAGCACACACACAAUCGCACAACAAAGACUUUCAUCAGUGACCAGGACGUCUUCAGUUCCUCACUGAUCAGUGUCAACCGACUUGUUGCCACAAUGGUUGUCGGCAAAGUCACACUGGAGUACAAGGUGGCCGUGUCGGUCGAGCUGCUGUGGAAGGUGGCCUUCUCCGGCGACGUGUCCAUCUUCACCAAGGCCUGCGUCGGCAUGAUUGAUGCCAUCGAGGUCGACGGCGACGGCGGGCCCGGGAGCGUCACCACCAUGAAGCUCAACCCUGCCGUGAGCGAUGCGAAGGUGUUCAAGACCCGGCUCCUGUCGCGCACCCCAGCGAGUUCGCCUAAAGCUGCCAUGAGCAUCAUCGUGGCGAUCGGGCCAGUGAAAUCCGUGUUAAAUAAAUUAAAUGAUGGUGAUCAUGCCAUGGGUGUGUUCUUUAUUUCAAAAUCGGAAUAAUGAGAGGAUGUGAUCCUCUGCUUGGUCGGUU